AUGCGUAUUGAAACUUGUUAUUUCUGCUCGUCCAGGAUUUAUCCUGGACAUGGCAUACAAUUCGUCAGAAACGAUUGCAAAAUUUUCAGAUUUUGUCGUUCAAAAUGUCAUGCAGCAUUUAAAAAGAAGAAGAAUCCACGUAAAACUAAAUGGACCAAAGCUUACCGUAAGACCGCUGGCAAAGACCUGGCCAUUGACCCAUCCUUUGAGUUCGAGAAACGUAGAAAUGCUCCGGUUAAAUACAGCCGAGAAUUGUGGACAAAAACUAUUGAGGCAAUGAAAAAAGUGGAAGAAAUAAGACAGAGAAGGAGUAAUAACUAUAUUAUGCAAAGGUUGAGGAAGGGUAGAGAAGUGGAAUGGCAGAGAGAUGUCAGAGAAGUACAACAGGAUAUCUCAUUGAUCAAAUCACCGGCUGCAGGCCUCAAACAGCGAUUAUUAGAAGAAGAGACAGAAAUGGAAGUUGAACCUGAGACUCUCGAAGUGAUUGACGCUAAGGGCCGCAAGACUGUUGUCACUGCACCUCUUGUGGUCCCUGCUGUUGGACAGAUGAUUGAAGAGGGAGAUGUUGAUCUGUAG